GUACCAGGACAACAUGACUAUCUGGGCGUUACUAGCCGUGGUGGCGCUGGCGACGGCGGCGCUAGCCCAACAGCAGGAGUACCCCACCAACACCAAGUAUGAGAACUUCAACACCGACUCCAUCAUCGCCAAUGAACGGAUCCUGCUCGGCUACUACAAGUGCGUCAUGGAUAAAGGACCCUGCACCAAGGAUGGGAAGAAUUUCAAACGAGUCCUGCCACUCACAAUAACGACCGCCUGCAGCCACUGCUCUCCGAAACAGAAGACGGUGGUCCGGCGGCUGCUUCUCGGCAUUCGCGCCAAGAGCGAGGCGAGGUUCAUGGAGAUGCUCGACAAGUACGACCCCGGCCGCCUCAACCGUCCCGCUCUCUUCACCUUCCUGGCCAAUGGCAACAAUAAAGGGUCAAAGAAAAUGAAGGUUGCAAUAAUAGUAUCGAUGUUGGUGGUAGCUGCGUGCGCUCAGGAGAAGUACAAGUCAGAUUUAGAAGGAGACUUCGAUGUGACGGAACUGCUGAACAAUGAGAGGCUGCUGCUGAGCUACACGCGCUGUCUGAUCGACAAGGGACCUUGCACCCCUGAGGUUAAGGCUGUUAAGGACAAACUGCCCGAAGCCCUGGCGACGAAGUGCGCUAAAUGCACGGACAAGCAGAAGGAGCUGGGCAAGAAGCUGGCCGUGGAGCUGAAGCGCACGCACCCGGCCGUGUGGGCGCAGCUCGUGGCCAAGUACGACCCCCAGGGCCAGCACCAGGCCGCCUUCCAGGAGUUCCUCACCAAGCAGUGAUACCAGG